UUCGUACACAGAAGAAAUCAAUAAACCAAGCUAUGAGUUGACUCCAGAAGCAUUACAACACCUUGAGUGUCUUUAAACAUGGCCACAUGUCUAGUCUAUCUAUAAUCUUUUCGAUUUUUGUGCCAAAACUGGAGGUGGCCAAUGGCUUGAAGUCCCCAAUCGCUCUUUUGUGCAUGUGUUUAUGUCACAAUCGCUUCAUUGAUUAAUGGGUUUGCAGAAAGAAAAGCUUAUCCACAAUCCUGAAAAUGAAGACCUAGAGGUUUCCGAUCAGUCCAUUUCUCCUCACAACUUCCAAACCCUAAUUUCUGCUGUUGCAUCUUCGGAGGGUCUACAGCUACCACUGUUGAGAACGUUGCAUUAUCUGCUCAUCCACCUGUCUUCAAACCAACAACGGAGUGCAAACUAUGGUGAUCAUUUGGAUGACUUGGACAUGGAAAUUGGUCGGUAUGGAAUCAGGGUGGCAUUCAAACAAAUAUGUAAGCUCUCCAGUAUCCUUUUCAAAGAGCUUUCUAAGAGAUUUAAUAAGUUCUUUGCUACUUUAAGUGAUGUUUCUACAAGGAGUGCUCUUGGACAAGCGGGCUUGCCCUUGGAUAUGAGGAUUGCUGCUGAAACGGUAAAUUUGCUAUUAAGAUGUUGUAUGGUCAUCUUGAAUUUGCUUGUGCCCCAACAAUACCUUCUUCUGGAAAAUGGCAAAGUUCUUCUGGAAAUUCUCAGAAAGCUAGGCUCACUGGAUUUAGUUAGAACACAAGACAAAGAUACCAUCAGCUUUGAGAAGUCAGUUUCUCAUGGAUGCACAUAUAUUGACAAAGGCUGCACCACCUCCGUCAGAGAAGACUUUGUUGCCUCCCUGCAUUUCUUGGAGCCUUCUGAUCCACACCGUCCUUUUCUAUGUGCAAUGCUUGAGAAAGCCUACAUUCAAUCGAAGCCAUCGGGAGGAGACAUGUGUCUAGACUUCCUAACUUCUGAAAUAAGGGAGUAUUUGGCCUCCUCAUGCGGCAACAGAUUGCAAUUGCGGUUUGCUAUAUCAAAGUUACGAGAAAUGAAAGCUAAUAGAAGCUAA